CGGGGCUAUUGAGGGGUUUGGAUUUGUGGCGGGCCCAAAAUGGCGACUGAGGUGGCUGAGGGGGUGGGUACCGCUGACGGGGAGAAGGAGGCCGCCGCCGAUGCUGCUGUUGCUGCUGCUGAGCCUCCGAGCAACCCCAGCCGGGAGCAGCUCCUGGACUACAUCGUCGACGUUUCCUUGCGGAAGAUUGUGGAAACGGGCAGGUAAGGCUUGGCGAGAGCGGGAGGAGGCAAUUCUCGCGAUAGUUGGCUUGGUGUUAUGAGGAGGAAGCCUCGCGAGAUCUAGUGGGGCAGGUCCCACGAGAGUUGUUUACGCGGAAUUCGCUAACUCUUGAAGUUGGCUGGGGCUGAUGGGAAUUGUAGUCAGCCUGGAGGGAGCCUGGCUGUGGAAAGACGGAAGGAUGCUCUGAGCAGAAAAGAGGCUGGGAUGCCCUAAAGCAAAGUCGAACAGAAAGUCUCUUCCAGGGCUCUUUGACUUAUGUAAAAAAACAACAACAAAAAACGGUUGCCAUAUCACAAGAAUAUAUCAAAGCUGUUUACAACGGUAAAAAUAAGAUAAAGCAUGAAAUAAAAGCACAAACAGUUGAAAACAAAGCCCAGUAACCCAUUGUUGGUGGUGUACUCUCCACAGGCCUGGUGGAAUAAAAAAGUUUUCAGCAUUCAUUUAAAAACCUGGCACAGAGGGCACCUCCCUGGAAUGUUUUUGUUCACAGGAUGAGGUACAGCAGAAAGGUUCGUGUUAAAUGAGUACAGUGGCAACACAAACGAUGUUGUCAUGAGCUUAGAUUAGUUUUUUAAGGGCUUGAUAAGCGCUAUGAGGAGGGUCUCCUUUAAUGGAACUUCCAUGGCCAGAGGUGAUGCUGCUGUUGCAAACUUUUUCCCGUUAAAAGUCUGGAGUUGCCACCCAGUCCAAUUCCCUUUUCUGGCGAGGAAUAAGUAUAACAUGAAAAAUUACGAGUAUGGUGUGUGUUUUUGACUUAGAAAAAUGGAAAUUUUUCGAAUAUAAACACUGUAAAUGUUUAAAGCAUAUUAAUCAGUAAUAUUGAAUCAUGCAACAUCAACUAUAUCCUGCUUGGAUAAACACGAAAAUGAAAAGUUUACAUGUUAUAAAAUUAGGUAUCUUUCUUGACUAAAAUCCUAUUUAAGCAGUGAAAAGAAAAGGAAGGAGAGGACAAAAAAGAACAAGAAUAUACAGAAAUGAAUACUUGAUUAUGCACCCUACUGCAUAGAUAAUAGAAACAACGUGCAGGGUUUUUAAAACGUUGAUGGCAUUUUCUUUCUCUAUCCAUAGCUACCAUAGGUUUGCGAAGUGUUACAGUCGUCUUUACAAAGUGCAACCCGAACUCACCAAGUGUGUUUACAAUCAGUUUAUCUCCCACCUGCAAACCUCCUUUCGGGUAAGGUCCAAGGAAGAGCACAAAACCCUUCCUUAUAGGUUCCAGUGCAGCCUGCAGUUCUUGUUUUUCAGAAAGGGGUGCAGAUUUCAGUGUGGUGUAGUGGUUAAGAGUGAUAGACUUGUAAUCUGGGGAACCGGGUUCGCAUCUCUGCUCCUCUACAUGCAGCUGUUGGGUGACCUUGGGCUAGUCACACUUCUUUGAAGUCUCUCAGCCUCACUCACCUCACAGAGUGUUUGUUGUGUGGGGGGGAAGGGAAGGGAGAAUGUUAGCCGCUUUGAGACUCCUUUGGGUAGUGAUAAAGCGGGAUAUCAAAUCAAAUCCAAACUCAUUUUAAAUAAAUAGUAAACCUGGAAGGAUUGAACUCUUCAUUCACCAGCUUGAUGGUUCAGUCCUGCAUAUGUGAUGUGACUAGACUGCAACAUAGUAAAUAACAACUGAUAUUACUGUGAAAACAGGAGGCCUGUGUGUGUGUGUGUGUGUGUGAAGUCCAGUGAGAGAAUGGUAAUGAGGUUCAUAUUCAUGUCACAUCUGCUACAGGGAGGGAGACGGGAGACCUUGUUGUGAAAAGUUGUUAAACAUUAUUGAUUAUUGCAAACCUCUUGCAGUUUUGGCCUUAGAUAUGUCAAAGGCCUUUUACUGUUUGGGGUGGGAUUAUUUGUUGGCUGUACUUAAAAGGCUGCAAUUUGUCCCUAAUUUUUUAAGAAUAUUAAAUUAAAUCUAUUUCAAAGCUACAGCCACAACUAGAAUAAAUAGUUUGGAUUCGGGUCCUGCGUGUGUAUCCAACGCAUGGACCUUCGGCAGUACAUCUCAGAGAGGCAUCAGAUGUUACAGGUGUGAAAAUUAAACUCAAUAGUACAUUCUCAGGUUAUAUGUAGAGAUUGUGUGUCUUGGUUUUUUUGUGCAGGAGGAGAUCCAGGACCUGAAGGAAGAAGGGAAUCUCAGUGUGCUCUUUAAAUCACUAGAUGAACUUGCGGAAGAAGCAAAGAAAAGGAGUACCCCUGCAUGGUAAGGAGUGACUCCCUUGGCAUAAGAACUGCCUGGCUGGAUUGACUCUGAGGUCUGUCCUGUCAGGUAGCCUCUUUUCACAGCAGCCAUUUAGAUAGAGCUGGGAAGCAGAGGGAGAUGGCAACUUCACACACACACACACACACACACACACACACUCCGCCUUCAACCUUUGGUUGUUUGGGGUCUGGUAGAUGGCCUCUACACACGUUUCACACAUGACAGCUAGAGGUCAUGGAAUUGUAGAGUUGGAAGUGACCCAAAGGUCAUCUCCCCUAACCCCAUGCAGUGCAGGAAUCUCUAAACACAAUCCCCCAUCCAAUUGAAAACCUUACCAUACCCUGCUUAGCUUUGCAAAUGUGCCAGCAAUUUUAUAGCUGCUUCACUGAUGGGGACUGAGCAGCUAGGGACCUCCUGCAUGAAAAGAUAGGCUGCGGUCCCUUCUGUGAUAAGGCACAGACUACACCUGUGGCAGCACCAGUGUUUUGCCAGUACUUCUGCAUAUCAACAGGCACAUUCUAAAAGCUGGUAACUUCAAUGCUUUCCUAUAUCUCCUGCCUCUAAGCCCAUUCCUUGUUCCUCUAAUGCAGACCGAGGGCCACUCCCCCUUCUGCGAAGCAUUCGGGGGCCACAUGUCCACGUUGGGCAGGGCCAGAGGCAAAAGUGUGCAAAGGAACAAAAGUUAAGUUUACAUUUGUCCAAUAGGCUUGUUCUACUCACAGCACUUGAGAGGGAUGGCAAGUGGGACUGGUGAGGCGUAUGCCCUGAGGAAGGUCUCGAGGACCAGACAGUGAAUCCCAGGAGGGAGGGGGCACAUUUGGCCUCUGGGCCUGAGAUUGCCCACCCCUCUUGUAACGCCUUCAUUGAAUUCAGGCGUCCCAGUGGAAUCCCAGAGAAAGACGUCCACAGUGCUGUUGUGCCGUACCUUCUGAAGCAGCGCAGAUUCCUACAAAAGGCCAUAAAAGAAAAGGAAGAGGCGAACUCGCGGUUGGCUGAAGCAGUGCUGGCUGGUCGGAAGAGAAUUGCAGACCUGCAGGAGGAGAUCAGAAAGAGCAAGGAAGAGUGGCAGGUAAGUGGAGCCUCGCAGGUAGCAUGCCCAUCUGUGCAUCAGGAUAAUUUGCUUGGGGCACAUCAACAGAAAUGGAAGGACAAAGAGAAAUGUACCCUCCUCCCCACACUUGUCUUCAAACACUGAUGAGAAACAUUCAGUCAGGUGGAAUCCUUGCUGAAUGAAUUUGUUGUUCUCAGUUGGCUUAAUGGACAAAAGAAGGAGCCAACCAAGACUUCUCCAGGAAAGGAGUCAUAGAGUUGAGUCCCACAACCUGAUUUCUCGGACCAAAAAUGUGUUAUCACACGUCCCUGCCAAUUGUACCACUAAAGGCAAUGGGAGACAAAGCGAGGCCUGAGAUGGGCGGCAGGUUCACGGGAGAUGAGAUGAUCCUUUAAGAAUCACAGUCCCACACUAUGUAGGGCCACUGCGGCAAGAGGAGUCUUCAUGAGUAAUCCCAUAUACAGGACUCAUUCUCCAAAUGUGGAUCUUUUGUAACCAAAAUAGUACCAUCCACACAUAAAGAUGGAAGCAACUGGCUAGCUUGGAACAGAAAAUACAAAGGUGCCAGUUCUUAAAGUUGCACAUCUUACGAUAUUGCUAAGUUACAAAUUUUCAGAAGGAAAAAGAAUCCAUAAUGAGAACAGAUUGAUUGCGGCGAGGAGGAGGAAAUGGGUGGAGUGGAGUGUCCUGGAAAAGGGCUUAGCUGGCUGGCUGGAAGACAGCACACUUACACACUGCAACAUUUUGUUGUGGGUUUGCUUGUAAAAGCAGAAUCUGGUCACAGCAUUUUGUACCAGCUCAGGUUUUUGGACAUUUAAAGGAUCACCCCGCUGGGGAGGACCAAAGCCACAACAAAACUGCCCUCAGACCCUUCCCAGAACCUAGAAGGAAGCAUUUUUACCCUACUAAGGAGUCAAAAAGGAUCCCUGAGAAGCUUACAUAAGAUCAAUAAGAAGGCAGCCCUUGCCUGCAGACUUACAAUCUAACAGAGGCAAUACAAAUGGGAAAGAGGUAUGUUGAAAGACUGUUCUUGCUAGCAUUUAAUGAUUUUUCCUUCUUCCUUUCCAGGCAGUUGCUCAAGAAGGUCAGCAGAUCGUGAUCAGCCUUGAUGAGCUUUAGCGAGGAAGCAGAGCCUUGCUGGCUCCUCACGAAUGGAGCCCAAGCUGAAAAGGUGCUUUGGAAGACUAGGAUCCCAGCCCAGGACUUGUAUAGGCUCUGAGGUGGAACUAACAGGCCACAAGUCUACUGCAGUGUGAGACUCAUUGGUUUCCAAUUCUUGCAGAGUGUUGCUUUCACAAUCCUGCCGCUGGACUAUUUAAAAAAGUCUUUGCUGUGUGUUUGGGACCUGGACUAUAUGACCACACCCUGGACUGUGCAAGCUGCGGGGGGGGGGGGGGGCUUUUUUAUUUUUGCAGCUGCUUGAACCUUCCUUUUCCCUUGGUCAAGGUUCAUUUGAGCCCUUGAAAUCCUCAUCAGGAAACUGAGGCGGAGGUCACUUCCCACUGCAAUAUUCUCCCAGAUUUUAUUGCAUCUCAGUUAUUCUCUUUUCUUUCUGUAAGUUGCUUCCCUGCUUCUGUUCCUACUUAACACUUCUCAAAAACUCCAUCUACGUCUUGUCCACCAUGAAGCUCAGCCACUGGUGAGUCAAUGGUAAGGGUGCCACAAAACAGCCCAUGUUCACAGCAGAAUCAUUGGGGUGUUUGGGGGGUGAUCUAAGCAGCAGCACCUCCCCUUUCUUAGUUUGAAGGGAGCAAAUAUUUGUUAGUUACUGAUGUAUAAAGCAAGUACAACCAAACCUCUCCUCUGAAAUACUCUUUGUGUAUGUGUAACUUUUGAAGCAGAUUAGAACUGCAUUAAAGUGUUGCUAC